AUGAACAUGAAAUCUGGGAUCAUUCUUCUGCUAGUUUUCUUCCUCUUUGUGGGGGUCGAUUCAAAAAAGACUUCUCUUAAACGUAGUGAUUUUCCUGAGGAUUUCUUAUUUGGAGCUGCUACUUCUGCUUACCAGGUAGAGGGCGCAGCAAAGGAAGGAGGUAGAACCCCUAGCAUAUGGGACACCUUCGUUCGACAGAAAAGUAAUUUCAUAUCAGAUAAGAUAAGUAACUCUAGCACUGGAGAUGUUGCUGCCGAUUCAUACCACCAUUACAAGGAGGAUGUGGAAUUAAUGAAGGACAUAGGGUUUAACGCAUAUAGAUUCUCUGUCUCCUGGAACAGGAUACUACCUGGGGGAAACCUCAAGGGAGGAGUGAACAAAGAAGGCAUCGCAUAUUACAAUAAUCUUAUCAAUGAAAUUAAGGCAAAGGGUUUGGAACCCCUUGCAACUCUAUUCCAUUGGGAUCUUCCUCAAUCCCUUGAAGAUGAAUAUGGCGGAUUUCUGAGCUCCAACGUCGUGUAA